CUUACGAAGAUGAGUCGAAAGAGCCCUAAAGACGCGUCCACGGAUGACAAGGGCAUUCUGGGCCAGUCUAUGGACGAGUCGGUGCUCACCGGUUGGUACAGCGUCAUCAACUGGCUUCUACAAUUCAUACUAACGGAUCCCAUCGACGCCUCCUUCCUUAAGAAAGUCAGUGUGGCCGACUUCAUUGAAUCGAUGGAUCUGUACGUUCGCUACGAGCCCCAGGUAGCUCUGCUCUACGCUCUGGGCAUGAUAUUCUUCGCCGCUGGAAUCGUAGGCAGUGUGCUCUACCCACAGAUGCGCCGACGCCGCAUGUGUGGAGGGGAUCGAACGCAGGACCUAAACGAGAACAUGCGCUGCAUACUACAGGUGUACACGGCUGCCUACAUUGUUGUACUGGCUUGCAUCCUAUUGGGCGCCAUGCUGAUGCUCGCCAGCAUCUUCGAGCUGAAGCAGUCCUCACUUCGACACAACAAGCAAUUCGCAGUAUACGUUGGGGCCGUGAAAACUUUCUUGCAGUCGAUGUCCACCGUAAGCAGGACCCUUGCCUUUCGCUAA